GCUGCCUAAGGUCCCACAGUGGGAAAGGAUGCAUCCAGAUGAUCAGCUUUCCAUUUCCGCAUGCUUAACGCCCUGCUCCAUCCGGGCUUCCAUCUGAGAGGCAAAACCACCAGGGAUGAUUCCAAGUGAUUUGUCUUUAAAGACUGGACUUGGUGCCAUAGCAGGAACUCCUUAAAUGCUCCACACAAGCCUGUUGCUUCUUUGUCUGCUCCCAGUCAGCCUGGCAAAGAGAGCUGGGCAUGAAACAAACAUAAAGAGAAACCCAAGUCACAGGGAUGAGUGGCUAGGACUCUCCAUGGGCCGGAAACCAUGUUGGCCUCUGUCCAUCUCCAACCUCCAUCUGGAUGUAGCUUCCAGGAGCUACAAGGCCACUUUGUCGAGAGCACACACACCUCAGCCCAGGGUCCCAGAUGCUGAAGGAAGUCCGGUAGGAUCUGCACGGCUGCCACCCCACACCAACCAGGACAUGGACCUCGCGCGCCUGUGGCUGGGGCUUCUGCUGCCCGUGGUGACCGCCCUGGAUUUCCGAUACCACCACCAGGAAGGGAUGGAGGCGUUCCUCAAGAGCGUUGCCCAGGACUACAGUUCGAUCACGCACUUGCACAGCAUCGGGAAGUCUGUGAGAGGUAGAAACCUGUGGGUUCUCGUCGUGGGGAAGUCUCCAAAGGAACACAGAGUCGGAAUUCCAGAAUUCAAAUAUGUGGCUAAUAUGCACGGGGAUGAGACCGUGGGGCGGGAGUUGCUGCUCCACCUGAUCGACUAUCUGGUGACCAGUCACGGGAAAGACGCCGAAAUCACACACCUAAUCAACAGCACCCGGAUCCACAUCAUGCCGUCCAUGAACCCCGAUGGGUUUGAAGCCGUCAAGAAGCCCGACUGUUACUACAGUAACGGGAGGGAAAAUUACAACAAUUACGACCUGAACAGAAACUUCCCCGAUGCCUUUGAAAACAAUAACGCGUCAAAGCAGCCUGAGACACUGGCCGUCAUGAAGUGGCUGAAAACGGAGACGUUUGUCCUCUCGGCGAAUCUCCAUGGGGGUGCCCUGGUGGCCAGCUACCCUUUCGACAAUGGCGUGCAAGCCACAGGGACGCUGUUGUCCCGAAGCCUCACUCCAGAUGACGACGUCUUUCAGCACCUCGCGUACACCUAUGCUUCCCGGAACCCCAAUAUGACAAAGGGAGACCAAUGUAAAAACAAAAGGAACUUCCCCAAUGGAAUCACUAACGGGUACUCCUGGUAUCCGCUGCAAGGUGGAAUGCAAGAUUACAACUACAUCUGGGCCCAGUGUUUUGAAAUUACGCUGGAGCUGUCCUGCUGUAAAUAUCCUCGAGAAGAGAAGCUGCCGAUGUUUUGGGAUGAUAACAAGGCCUCUUUGAUUGAAUAUAUAAAACAGGUGCACCUAGGUGUAAAGGGUCAAGUGUUCGAUCAGAGUGGAAAUCCAUUGCCGAAUGUCAUCGUGGAAGUCCAAGACAGAGAACACAUCUGCCCGUUUCGAACCAACAAGCUUGGAGAGUACUACCUGCUUCUCUUGCCGGGGUCCUACGUGAUCAAUGUUACAGUCCCGGGACAUGACCCAUACCUCACCAAGCUGACGAUCCCACAGAAGUCCCAGACCUUCAGUGCUCUUAAAAAGGAUUUUCACCUCCCGUUGCGAGGGCCGCUGGAUUCCAUCCUUGUAUCAGAUCCUUCGUGCCCAAUGAUCCCUCUGUACAAACUACGGCCAAACCACUCGGCUGCGACAACGCCCAGUUUGUUCGUGUUCUUCGUGGCUCUUUUGCACAUAUUUUUCAAAUAAAGUAGAAUGUGAAACUCUAGCCCCAUCAUCACCUGGAAUCAGGGAUUGGUCACUCCAGGUUACGGAAACUGUCCCUCUUGGGAGACGGCAACCGGGAUAAACUCCACUGCUUUCCCCAAGAGGAACACUGGAUGUUUCCAAACCCAGCAGUACCACGAUAAAAGAGAUCCUCAGUCUGGAUGAAUGGAGGUCACUGCCUAGCAAGUGCCGCCCACAUACGCUCCAUCCUGAGGUAGUCCCGGAAAUUUGAAAGAAACUUGAGAAGCAAAACAGACAUCCCUAGAAGAAGAAAAAAUAAUAAUUUUUGUAUACAGAAAUCCACAUGGAUCCAAGCAGCAAUGAUGGACAGUUCCUGAUCACAUUCUAUGUACAACCUUGCCAUGAGUGCUUGUAAAGAGCUAAUACUACUACGUACAAGUGGUUCCCCCUACAGGAAGAAAUUUCUAGUUAACAGGACUAAGAACAUUUACUUUUCCAGCGUUCUAAGGAGAAAUGAGAGGAAAUGGACAAACAUGCCCGACGUGUGUACAGAACGCAACAGACGAAGUGGCCUCUGGUGCCAGUGCCCUUGCCUCCCCGCACCUGAUGCCAUGGUCCUGUUAAGAUGCCCCCCUCGUAGGUAAUCCUGGUCUCUUGCCUGAGACCCUGAUGCAGGGCAAUCUGCUCACUAGACACACCCACCUGGAUUAGACCUAUACGAACUUCACCACAUCCUGUUGACGGUUGAGACACCGCCCACCGCCGUGUGAGGGCUGAUCCUGCUCCGUGUGUCCUUGGUCCUUUCUUCAUUACAUGGAUCCAGUCAGUCACUGAAAGCGGCUAUAUUGAUUCAGCCCAUCCUCUCCAUGAUAGUUAGCUCCCCUCACUGCUAACCCAGCUCCACUGUCUCUCCCUCCCAGGUAUAUCUCUUUGCCAGGUCCAUCUUCCACACAGCCCUGGAGGAAGGGGGCUGCCCAAAAGCCCUUCCGCUCCCUAAAUGCAACACAGUGCUCGAAGUCCCAGAUCUGGAUGUCAUUCUGAUUGUACCGCAUCUUGUUUCCCACUCAGUAAAAAACUCCACUCCAAGCAUCAUCUUCAACCAGCCUUGACUUUCCUCUCCCGUGAAAUUCCAAAUGACCUGGGUCAAGGCCAGUCCUCUUAGACCCUUCAAAUGAGCUGGUUGUCUUGGUUACUAGUUUCCAGCACAACGGUGCUAUCUACUUCGUGCUGGCUUUCUCUGGUACAGCAUGGGCUCUUCCAGGCCAGGAUCUACUUGUUGGAAAAGCUCACUCCUGCGUCCUCAGAGCCUAGCACAAAAUAGGAAAGAAAUAGUUGGGGGAAGUGUCUCAGCAACCUGCUACAGACCUUCCCAGAACGGUAGAGAUUUGAGCAGUUUUAGGGAAGUAAGUUUUAUAUUUGGCAACAUCCAGCUCACUGGUGGAGAGAGAGAGAGAGAGAGAGAGAGAGAGAGAGAGAGAGAGAGAGAGAGAGAGAGAGACUUUUCAUGGAUACAUCAAGAAAAA